AUGACGCUGUUCGUUUGUUUUGUUCCAACGCCCUCAAAAUCUCAGCCAAAAAGGGGUUAUCUUCCUGAAGGAAAACAAUUACAUGCUCAUUUAAUAAAGUUUGGAUUUUGUCAUGUUCUUUCCUUGCAAAAUCAGAUUUUGAGUGUUUACCUUAAAUGUAAAGAAACUGAAGAUGCAGAGAAGCUGUUUGAUGGAUUGCCUGUGAGAAAUGUUGUGUCGUGGAAUAUUAUGAUUCGCGGUAUUAUUGGAUCAUGCGAUAAUGAAAAUGAAUUGGAUCGUAAGCAGCUGUGUUUUUCUUAUUUUAAAAGGAUGCUGUUGGAAAUGGUGGUUCCUGAUUAUAUAACUUUAAAUGGUUUGAUUUGUUCUUGUGCUCGGUUUUGUGAUGCUGAGAUGGGAAUUCAGUUGCACUGUUUUACAGUGAAAGUUGGAUUUGAUUUGGAUCGUUUUGUCGGUUGUGCUCUUGUUGAUUUAUAUGCGAAAUAUGGUUUUGUUGAAAAUGCUAUGAGGGUGUUUGUGUUGCUCCUUUUAGAGAUUUGGUUAUGUGGAAAUUAUGGUGAUGGCAAUGAAGUUAUGAGGCUUCUCAGAGAGAUGCUUCGGGAAGGGUUUCUUCCCGAUGAAUUGACUAUUUCCAGCGUCAUUAGUUCAUGUGGCUACGCUUCUGCCAUUACCGAAACACUUCAAGCACAUGCUUUUGCGGUUAAGUUAUCGUGUCAUGUUUUUUUUAUCUGUUGCCAAUUCUUUGAUCAGUGCUUAUUCCAAAUGUGGUAG